AUGAUUGAAAGCUACGGAUGGCAUUAUGUAAAAGCCUUUGACGGCUUCAAAGUCUCAAAGCUUCCGUACAAGCAAGGCAAAGACAAGGAGAGGCGGUUUUCUAUGUACUUUUUACUUCCAAAUUCAAGAAAUGGGCUCCCAGCUUUGGUCAAGAGAUUAGGACUGGUGUUGCCUUUCAACGGUAAUGGUGAUUUCAGUGAGAUGGUGGAGUCGGGCAUUGGUGACCCCAAAAUAAUCCACAAGUCCUUCAUUGAAGUUGACGAAGGUGGUACAAAAGCUGCAGCUGUUUCUAUUUUUGACUGUGGGGCAGAUUGUGCUUGA